AAUUCAAACACAGCCCCGCUCCUCUGAUUUGCCCGCCAGAAUCAGUCAGUCAGGUGUUCGGGAAUGAGGGGUCUGCUGAUCGUCCUGUUAGGGGCGGUGUCGGCCGCUGUAGCAUCACCACCUCGGGUGAUAUGUAGAAGCUCAAACUCUGCAGAGCUGUCGGGAAAUGUCACUCUGACCUGUGAGUUCCAGGCUAAUCUGGAGGUUCUACAAAUCACCUGGCAGAAGAAGAGGGGGAAGGAAAGUCAGAACAUGGUGACCUGCAGUGAGAAGUACGGCACACACAUCACCGAUCGGUUCAAGAAACACAUCACCGUUCUGUAUGCCAAUUCAACAGAAUCCUCGAUAUUGAUUACAAAGCUGGAAAGGGAAGAUGAAGGUUGCUACAACUGCUUGUUUAAUGCAUAUCCCAAUGGUGCCUUCACUGGAGAGGUUUGCCUGACGGAUCUCAAGUCAGUAAAUGAAGUGUUCUGUAUUGGCCAAGGAAAUUACCGCAGAAUAGACUUGAAUCCUCUGGAAAUACGGACGCGCCAGUCUGUCCAGCUUAUCGAGAAGAAAAUUGGUGCGCCAAAUUUUUUCACUGUGAAAGGUCAAUACUUGGACCCGAAUAUCCACCCAACAUGUGAAUUCUGGUUGGAGAAAGAGAGCGUUCAAGGGGAUCAAAACAAUCCGCCGGAAGACACAGAUGAGUUUGUUUUCACCCAAUGCAGUGCCUCUGGCAAUAAGAAAUUUGUGAUCACCUGGAAGAAUAAAGGAGAACCUGUAAGUCAGGAAGACAAAGAGAACACGACUGGAAACCUCAUCACGGUGACAAGUACAUUGAAACACGCCGUGUCUUCAUUACCUGCUGACCACAGAAUAAUUUGCACCGUAACACUCGGUGUGGAGGCAGAUCCUGAGAAAGCUGCACUAAGUGCGAAGGAGCCCACCUUGGGGAAUGUUGAUAAAGAUGACAGAGAAAUAUAUGAGGCACAGCAGCAGAGUCCAUGGGUUAGGUCUCUGAUGAUCCCUUUAGGAGUUGUAUUCCUGGUGGUACUGAUUUUGUUCCUGUUCUAUUGCAAAGCACGCAAAAAGACAGAAGCCAAAACGCCAAAGAAACUGGCGAAGGUUGAAAAUGGACAAGUAACACCAAUGUCCUGCGUUAAGAAAUUAUUUGAGGGGGCCAAUGGACGGGAUUCUCCAAAGCUGUCAACUGAGUAUGAACCUGGACCAGCAUCACGUAUGAAUGACGCAACACCUUCCGAUAGCGACAAGAGAAAUACCAGGGAAUCCAUGAAUAGUUCAUUAAAGAAAAGAAAUAAACGUGACUCAGCAAGAAACAACAGGGCACCAAGAAAUCUUUUCCCAGAUGACAAAACAUGUUGAGCCCUGGUUCACACUGGGUACGAUUUGGAACGAUUUGAGAUGCGAUUUGACAUGUCAAAUCGCAUCUCAAAU